GUUAGCGCCGAAGCGUUCUCCCAGAGGUGAAAGGGCGCAGGCGCCGGACGCAAAGGGGACCCGGACGGCUGCAACAUGGCGGACAAGGAGAAGAAGAAGAAGGAGAGCAUCUUGGACCUAUCUAAGUACAUCGACAAGACCAUCCGCGUGAAGUUCCAGGGAGGCCGAGAGGCCAGUGGAAUCUUAAAAGGAUUUGACCCUUUGCUCAAUCUGGUACUUGAUGGCACCAUUGAAUAUAUGAGAGAUCCUGAUGACCAGUACAAGCUCACUGAAGACACUCGUCAGCUGGGGCUCGUGGUCUGCAGAGGUACCUCAGUAGUACUGAUUUGUCCUCAGGAUGGCAUGGAGGCCAUUCCAAACCCUUUCAUCCAACAGCAGGAUGGAUAGCCCUAGGCUGUGUCCAGAUAUGCCUGGGAGCUUUGAAGCAGCUCUGUUGAACAGGGCUUUGAGUUUUCAUUUCAGCAGGGAAAUAUCUUCCUUUUCCAAAAGGACUCAUUACAAUUUGCCAGCGGGGACAGAAGAGACUUUUUUUGUUGUUUUUUUUUUUCUAAUAAAAUUGCAAAACAAAUUGGUUAAGCA